AUGUGGCUCAUAAAUAUAUUUUUCUUUAUUGGCCUAUCAAUCGCAUGUUCUUUAAAUACCGAUUCCAGAGCAUUGGAAACAAAAUUAAUAUCUGAAAAGAAUCUUACGUCAUUUUCGAGUUUUGAUAAAAAUCUAAAAUAUUUUAUUGCUAAUAAACUGCACUCAAUAUCGGAUUCUCUCCAUUAUGGGAAGAUAAUUCCGUCAUUUUCUGUUCAACCAAAUGAAGGUGAACGUCUGCAAGUAUUAGCACGUGCAAAUUUUGAACGAAUAAUUAAAAUACGCGGUAGUCAAACACAUGGAAGAAUUAUGAUAAUGGAAGGAGAAAUUUUAGUUGGAGAAGGUCCACCGACUCAUAUUCAUCAUUGUGAAGAUGUGUAUUUUCAUGUUUUAAAAGGCGAACUUGAAAUUGAAGUUGGAGAUCACAACAUUUUUUGGGAACAGUUGACACAUGGAUUUGGUGCAAGAUUACAAUUUGUAUUUCAACCAGCCGGUAUUGAACAUUAUUUUGAAGAAGUUAGCAAAGUUAUUGUUGCACAACAACCAGAUUGGCAAAAUCAAGCAGCUGCUGUUGCAGAAAAAUAUGAAAUUGAACUUCUCGGAAGACCGGAUUGGGCUGGAUGA